AUGGCUCCAGCAUCGUCCUCCGUGCCGCCGCCUCUGCCUCCCUCCGUGGAGGAGGCCUACCGCCGAAAGUGCCUGCAGCUCAAGCAACGGACCAUGGAGGUCGAGGAGGCCAACGAUGCCGCACGCCUGCGACUAACCAGACUGCAGCGCCAGGCCGAAAAGCUUCGGAUAGAGCGCGCCUUCCUCCUCGAGCAGCUCGCCAAACGAACCAGCGCCAACGUCGAGGAUUCUGAAGGCAGCCCGAGCCCACCACCAACCCCCCAGGAGAAGCCGCUGCGUAGCAAGCGCGGCCACCGAAAGCCUUCUGUCAUUGCCAACCUGGACUCCAAUGGCCCCCCUCCCACCUUUAUCAACCAGGCCAUCCAGCCCCCCUCCCCGAGCUCUGACGCAUACUCCCACACAAACCCGGAGGCCGGCCAGAAGGACUCCUCCAAGCGCGCUAAUGGCGUCGCCAAGCCCCCCAAGAAGCCCAGCACCGCCUUCGACCUCUACUGCCGCGACCAGCGCCCGGCCCUGGCCUCCAAGGGCGACGAUGUCAACGUCGACGAGGAGCUCGCCCGCGGCUGGAAGGAGCUCCCCGAGGACAAGCGCGACGAGUACAAGUCCCAGGAGACAAAGGCCGCCUCCAAGUACGAGAAGGACAAGGAUGCCUAUGCGAAGGACAAGGCAGAGGCCGAAGAGGCCGAAGCCGCCGCAGAAGCUGAAGCAGAAGCUGAGGCUGAAGAUGAGGCUGAGGCCGAGGCAGAGGCUGAAGCGGAGGCUGAAGCGGAGGCGGAGGCAGACGCCGAGGCGGAGAAGAGCUCGAAAACAGCAAAGCAGCCACCCGAGUCUCAGGCUGACGAGACGCCUGCCCGAGAUGAGGACGUCGAGAUGCAGACAGACGAUACGCCAGCUGCUGAGGACUAG